AAGAUUUUAACAAGAGACGUCUAUAUAAAAAGCAACUGCUCUUUUGUUUCCAAAACAGGUUUUACGAGUGCAUAAAUAAUGUGCACUGCUCUGAGCCCAAAAGUGCGCAGUGGACCCGGCCUGUCUGAUAUGCAUCAGUAUAGCCAAUGGCUGGCCAGCAGACAUGAGGCUAAUUUGCUACCGAUGAAAGAAGAUCUGGCCUUGUGGUUAACCAAUCUAUUAGGGAAGGAGAUUACAGCAGAAACUUUUAUGGAAAAAUUGGAUAAUGGUGCCUUGCUCUGUCAACUUGCAGAAACUGUUCAGGAGAAAUUCAGAGAGAGCAUGGAUGUUAACAAGCCUCCAAAGAAUCUGCCCUUGAAGAAGAUUCCGUGCAAAGCCACUGCACCCUCAGGCUCCUUUUUUGCCAGAGACAAUACAGCAAAUUUCUUAUCCUGGUGCCGAGAUUUAGGGGUAGAUGAAACGUGUCUAUUUGAAUCGGAAGGUUUGGUCCUCCACAAGCAACCUAGAGAAGUGUGUCUCUGUUUGCUGGAGCUUGGCCGGAUUGCAGCCAGGUAUGGUGUGGAACCUCCUGGUUUGAUAAAAUUGGAAAAAGAGAUUGAACAAGAAGAAACACUUUCUGCUCCCUCUCCUUCACCUUCUCCUUCAUCAAAGUCUUCUGGAAAAAAGAGUACAGGGAACUUAUUGGAUGAUGCCGUGAAGCGAAUUUCCGAAGAUCCUCCUUGCAAAUGCCCAAACAAAUUCUGUGUGGAGAGGCUCUCUCAAGGAAGAUACCGAGUGGGCGAAAAGAUCCUCUUCAUUAGGAUGCUGCACAACAAACAUGUCAUGGUCCGUGUGGGAGGAGGAUGGGAAACUUUUGCAGGGUAUUUGUUGAAACAUGACCCCUGCCGGAUGCUGCAGAUCUCCCGUGUUGAUGGCAAAACAUCCCCCAUCCAGAGCAAAUCUCCAACCCUUAAGGACAUGAAUCCAGAUAAUUACCUGGUGGUCUCUGCCAAUUAUAAGGCUAAAAAGGAGAUUAAAUGAAACUAGUUGGUCACUAUAAGGGGACUCUCAUAAUGGCCUGUACCCACUUCUCCAGUGUAGUCAGUUUAGUCCACACGCUCUGAAAAUUACUUUGAAAAAAGACGUAACAGACAGAAAAAUGUCAUUACUAUUGAAAAAUGUUCAGAGAGUAGCACUAUUUAUUUUGUUGCUUCUGUAGAAAACAACCAAUUAAAUUCUAAACUCAGAUUUAAAUUAGAAAAAGUGUA